AUGACCAUAUAUAAUAUAAUUCAUAUUAUCUCUUCAAAUUGCAUAAUAACAUAUCGUAGACCAAACUGCUGCGCACGCAGGUCUCCGUCGUACCGCACGAGCAAGCCCGCAGUCGAGACAGAAACGCAAGCGGAACCCCCAACACAGGAGUUACUCGAGCCCGCGCCCACGCUGCGAGACAAGAAGCCCCAGUUCAAAGGCCCACGCCCCGCCGGUUGUUCCAGUGUAUCAGAUUCCAUCUCGCUGUCGUCUCCGGUGGCAUGCGCCUCCCCUCGCGAGGAGGUGGUGGGUCCUCCUGUUCCACCUAACGUCGCAGCGCUGCACGAGGAGCUUCGAAACUACCUGCUAGGAAGGAUUCCACCCACCAGAACAAGAAGACGCCGGGCUAUGCUCAUUUACGUAUGCGCAGCUGAUUCACAGGAUUGUUGUGCAGAAAAAGGUAUUCUACAAUGCAAUGUGGCAGCGAAGUUAAGGAUACGGGCAAGGAAAAGUGGGUGGCGAGUGCACGUUUCUGACCUCCACUGGCGCUCGCCGCUCGAACAACAGAGGGACCAUCGCUUUCCUGUUCUUUGCAUCGCUGAGCUGACGCGUCAAUCCGAGCUUGGCGCAGUGGUACCUGUACUGUUUCUUAACUCGGGACUCGGCACACCCCUGCUGCCGCACACGCUGGAGUGCGCGGAUUUCAAGGCCGCGCUAGAAGCCGCAGAAGAUGAGAACGACAAGAUAUUGCUGAAUAAAUGGUACAGUCUCGACGACAGCAGCACGCCGCCGUGCUACCGGCUGGCGCGAGGCGCACCAGCUCGCUGGCGACGCGAGAUGGCGCGCGCGCUGAGCGUGCUGGUGCGCACGCUGCCGCAGGAGGCCUGCGACGCGUACCUCACCACCGUCGUAGAACAGGAGGUGCAGCACUCGGUGCUGAUGAGCAGCGAGGCGGCGCGGCGCUGCGUGUGGGUGUGCCGCGGCGCCGCGCCGCCCGAGCCCGACGCGGACGGCGCCGACCCCGCGCACGGCGCCGAGCUGCAGCGCCGCCUCGCCAACCUGCAGAAGGACCUCAAGUCGCACCUGAGCGAACGCAACAUAAUCCGCGCGAGUGUUCGCGGUCGUCCGACAAACGGUGACGAGGAGUACGCGGAAAGUAUUCGCGCCGCGCUCGCCGAGCGGCUCGGCGCGCUGCUCGACACGCUCAUCGCCGAGAACGAGCUGCCCGCGGGCAGCUGCGGCGUGCCCACCAGUCUAUUCGACGAAAUCAGCGAGCACCUUUCGUUCUGUCAGAAGGCGGCGCAAUGCACCGCCAACCGAGAGAUUACCCUCAACGAGCUUAAAACGUACGUGACGGGCGAGAGCUCGGUGCCGCUGGCGCUGCUGGGCGGCGCGGGCUGCGGCAAGGCCUCGCUGCUGGCGCGCGCCGCCGCGCUCGCGCACACCUGGCUGCCCGCCGUCGCGCUCAUUUUGCGGUUCGUGGGUUUAACAUCCCAGUCUAGCAGUUCCCAUCAGCUGCUGAAGUCCAUUGUUGACCAGUGUCACGUUCUCCACACCGGCACGGUCUACCGUGGAAGAAAUGAGGUGGGUGCACUAACGGGCGCCCUGACGCGGCUGCUGAGCGCGCUGGGGCGCAGCCGGCGCGUGCUGCUGUGCGUGGCGGCCGCGGACGCGCUGCGCGGCGCACGCUGGCUGCCCGCGCGCUUGCCCGACAACGUCAAGAUGCUCAUCACCGUCUCCGAGGAGGCGGACGAGCCGUCGUCUUCGGCGAUCAUGGCUGUUCUGUCGUCGGAGUGCGGGCCGCGCGUGUUGCGCGCGCCAGGCGUGUGCGCUGAAGAGGCGCGCGCAGUGCUCGCCGCCUGCGCCGCCGCCUACAGCCGCACCGGCGCCGCCGCGCCGCCGCCGCGCGCGCUUCAAGCGCUGCAGCGCUGCACGCUGCCGCUCUACGCCAAGAUCCUCGGCUGGCAAAUAUCCCUGUCUGCUGAAACCUUCGCUGAACAAUCCGAGCCGGAGACAGUGCCAGAGCUCGUUAUUUGUGACGACUUAGAAAGUCAACUUACUCAAAUCCUGGUGGCCACAGAGAACGCACUGGGCGCGGAUAGAGUACGAGCCUGUCUUUCUUUACUUACCGCUUCCAGAAGAGGCCUCGAUGACACCGAAAUACUUGAUAUGCUUGCUCAUGACGAACUCUUCAGAAGUGAGGAGACGUACCUGCCGUGGGCGCCGGCGUCGCUGGCGUGGCCGCAGCUGUGCGCGCUGCUGGCGCCGUGGCUGCGCUGGGACGCGCGCGGCGCGGCGCGCUGGCGGGAUGCAGCGCUCGCCUCCGCCGCACACGACCGCUACCUGGCGCCCGACCCGGACGAACCGCGCCUCACGCUCGUACACUACUACGAGGGCACGUGGUAUACAGAAAAUGACCCAAAAAUGGCUGGUCGGUUAAUAUCACAAGAAAAUCAAUUCUCAGAAGACUGCUACAACACGAGGAAACUAGACGAACUACCAUUCCAACAUUACCACCUGCUAAAAGACGACCCAGAAACUUUCGCAAACAAACCAUACUUCACAAAACUCGACUGGAUCCACGAUAAGCUCGCCGCGACCGACUGCAGCCAUUUCCUGGUAGACAUCGCCCUUGUCCACAUAGACCCACUACCUGAACACUUAGAAGUCUUAAAGGAAGUCUUUGAAACGCAUUCGUACGCCCUUGAUUACGAUCACAGACAGUUUUACGGACUUCUGCGGACGACCUUGGAGAAGAGGAAAAGAGAAGGACUACAGAUACAAAGUGAGAUAGUUGAAGAAUGGUUGCAGCAAGUGUGCGAGCCACCUGUGCCGACUUUCUACCCUACGAAUGAAGACUUCUGGAAGGUUGUUGAGAAUAGAGAGAGGAGGGAUAUGUCUACGGUUGAAGGGUUUGAUAGUAAAUCGUUUGAUUUGAUCGUGAGGUUUGAUACGAGAGGGAAGUUCAUUGCUACCAUUUCAACAGAGAGGGAGGAGAUCUGCGUUUGGGAUGUAUCAAGGUGUAAAUUAGUCCGAAAAUUGGUUGGUGUGACACAUCCAAUUAACCUGGUGCCCAUCGACGAGUACAGAUGCGUGGUGUUGUGCCGAAGGGAGCUAAGGGUGUACGAUUUAGAUCAGGGCAAAUUCGUGGUAACGUUGAAAGGCGUGAUGAACCAGAAAAUGCCUUACUACGGGUUGCAUGACUCCAAGCAUUUGGUUGCACUGUCGAGGAACCGGAUGUAUGUUAACCUUAUGAAUAUUGAAACAGGGGACUGUGUGACGACGUUCAAAGCUGGGGAAGAUAGAUUUCUCAACUCUUUGCUAGUGUCAGGCGAUGGAAGGAUCCUUGUGUGCGGUGAUGAAACUCAGAAGCCGUUCCCGCUACUGGUAUGGUCGUUGACUUCAAGAAAGCUACUAUACGACCUCAGGAUACCUCACCACGAUUUCAUCACCUCAAAAGCCGCCAUCACUUAUGAAGGUUCGUAUGUGUGCGUGGUGUCGCGGGAGCUGGACGAACCAACGCCAAACUUCAUCGUGGUGUACGACCUGCAGUCGGGCACGCUGUUCAAGAAGUGGAAGCCAGGCUGCGACACCGUCGCGCUCGCCAUCAGCUCUGCGGACGGCUGCGUCGUCUCCGGCCUCGCGGACACCAGGAUCCUCGUCUGGGACUUGGUCACGGGCAACUGCCGGCUGACGCUGCGCGGUCACGCUGCGGCACCGUCACUGCUGCGGCUGUGCCGCGCGGGCGCCGCGCUGCUUUCGGCGGAUCGCGACGCGCGCGAUCUUUCCGUGCGCCUGUGGGACCUGCAUACAGGAAAACUUGUCGCUGUCUACACGCCACCGGAAAAGAUCACAUCCUGUGAGGUUCUUCUAGGUGGGUCAGUGCUGGCCCUGGCGUUGGAGAACUACAAGGAGAUCGUGUGCGUCAAACUUCAUGGUCCACCUGUUGAGGCUGUCCAAAGCGGAAGAGAUUGCGAGUACGAUGACAGAGGUUACGGUAAUGAGGAGUUCGAGGGCAGAACAUUCGAUGUUAGGGGAAUGGAAAACUGCUGA